AUGAUCAGUAAAAACGUAUGGACAGAGUGGAUUUCUCACAAACAUCACGGUGGGGCCCACCUAAGCAUCCCAGCGCAAGGAACUUCAUGCGAAAGCCUCUCGCAAGAAAUCCGCGUCUGUCGCCGCUUCCAGCUAAUUUCCUCCACUCGCAUUGCUACUCUAUAAAUUCCGCCCUCCCCUCUCUUUCUCUCCGACCGUUCUUUACACCGAGCAGUUCUUUCCAUCGUUGAAAGGCCGGUCCGCUUUUAGAUUCGGGACAGAAGGUGUUUGGAUUCUUCAAUCUCUCUCUCCCUCUCUCUGAGUGGUUUCUCCGUCGCUGAAAGGCCUAUCUUCUUCAAGAUUCGGGAUACAAAUUCCAAACAUGACAGAACCAAAACUAGAUACACCUCAGCUCCAACAGUCAUCCUCCCGGAAACUCCCAGAUUUCAAACAAUCAAUUAAAUUGAAAUAUGUCAAGCUUGGGUACCAUUACCUCAUCACCCAUGGAAUGUACCUCUUCCUCUCCCCUCUCCUUGCUGGCAUCAUGGCCCAGCUCUCCACCUUCUCCCUCCAAGACCUCCGUGACCUGUGGGAGCACCUCCGCUUCAAUCUAAUCUCUGUCAUCCUCUGCUCGACUCUCCUCGUCUUCCUCUCUACCCUCUACUUUCUCACCCGCCCCCGUCCGGUCUACUUAGUCAACUUCGCUUGCUACAAGCCUGAUGAUGCCCGGAAAUGCACCCGCCAGAUCUUCAUGGAACGGUCGCAGCUAACAGGCUCUUUCACCCAAGAGAACCUUGAAUUCCAACGUAAAAUCCUUGAGCGGUCGGGCCUUGGCGAGUCAACCUACCUCCCUGAAGCAGUCCUCAAUGUUCCACCAAACCCAUCGAUGGCUGAAGCCAGGAAAGAAGCUGAGAUUGUAAUGUUUGGUGCCCUUGACGAGCUCUUUGCGAAAACGUCAUUGAAGCCGAAAGAUAUAGGGAUCUUGAUUGUGAACUGUAGCUUGUUCAAUCCAACUCCAUCACUUUCAGCGAUGAUCAUCAACCAUUACAAGCUUAGAGGAAAUAUCAUCAGUUACAAUCUGGGCGGAAUGGGGUGUAGCGCAGGUUUGAUCUCGAUCGAUCUUGCAAAAGAUCUUCUACAAGUCCAUCCAAAUUCAUAUGCAUUGGUCAUUAGCAUGGAGAACAUCACCUUGAAUUGGUAUUUUGGUAAUAACCGGUCGAUGCUGGUCUCGAAUUGCUUGUUCCGAAUGGGAGGAGCAGCGAUUCUACUAUCAAACAAGAGCUCUGAUCGCAGACGAUCCAAGUACCAGUUGGUCCAUACUGUUCGGACCCACAAAGGUGCUGAUGACAAGUGCUUUGGCUGUGUUACCCAGGAAGAGGAUGGGAAUGGGAAGAUUGGUGUUUCCCUAUCAAAGGACCUCAUGGCAGUUGCCGGGGAUGCUCUGAAGACUAAUAUUACUACAUUGGGUCCUCUUGUUUUGCCCAUGUCUGAACAGUUGCUCUUCUUUGCAACAUUGGUGGGGAGGAAGCUCUUCAAAAUGAAGAUCAAGCCAUACAUUCCAGAUUUCAAGUUGGCAUUCGAGCACUUUUGCAUUCAUGCUGGUGGAAGAGCUGUUUUGGAUGAACUGGAGAAGAACUUGCAGCUAUCCGACUGGCAUAUGGAGCCUUCAAGGAUGACGCUUUACAGAUUCGGGAACACGUCAAGCAGCUCGCUUUGGUAUGAAUUGGCUUAUUCAGAAGCCAAGGGGAGGAUGAAGAAAGGAGAUCGGACAUGGCAGAUUGCUUUUGGGUCCGGAUUCAAAUGUAACAGCGCGGUAUGGAAGGCUAUGAGGACCAUCAAUCCUGCCAAAGAGAAGAACCCAUGGAUGGAUGAGAUUGACCAUUUUCCAGUCAGAGUUCCAAAGGUCUCGGCAAUUUGAAAUCUGAGUGGCACUUUUCUAGCCAUUCAGGGUGGUAUUGCAGGACGGUCGCCUUUCUUAUUAGAACAGUCCUAUUUCUGUUCUUGUAAGAGGUGAGGACUUCGAUGGAUGUUGCAAUGUUGGGUUGGUUUUUUCAUUUAGCAUAGUAGGUAAGGAAAUUGGUUUGGAAAGGUAGUUCUUUCUUUGGGGUUUCAUUGUAGGAAGAGUCAUGGAGAAGGGGAUUUGGGGAUGGUUUUGUUUACCAAUGUAGACAGGGUAACCAGGUCCGAAGGGUGGUUUUUCACGAGGUGGUACUGAGGGAAGGUUCCUUCAGUAUUUGAGGUGGAAACCAGAUUGAGAGGAGGUUGAUUUGUUUUCAUGCUUCCUUCUCUUCUCAUGACUUGGGGGUGGUUCUUGGUAUAUUGGUAUUUGGACUAAUGCCAUUGAUUGAAAUGUCACUCGUAUUGAUUGGUAUUCA